UUAUCCGGCGGUAGUGAAAAAUCAUUUACCUACAAGGUCGUCGUUCGAAUCGCGCUCCUCGAAAUUCGGUUACACCGCCGACGACGCGACGAUCGUACCUGCGCCUAAAUACGACAACCUGAGAUGCGAUCGCAGACGAAGUGCCAGCUGUUAUAGGCACACACAAUUAUACUACCCGUGUGACGCAUAAUUGUACGAUACAACUGCAGAGUAAUAAUAGUGCGGUAUAACUCCGCUCAAUGACACACUCGGCUCAUUAUAAAAAACCGGCGACGGUCGCACGCGAUCGUCUGCUCGGGGAACGAUAGAAGAGUGAUCGCCGGCAUCAUAAUAAUAUUAUGGCGUGCGGCUUGACAGUGCGAAGCCUAUAAUAUGCAGUGAGUACGUUGCGAUGAUUACGUUUUACAAGACCCGAGACCCGAUAUCAUAUAGGUAUUCCAGUUUCACCAAACACCUAUACUGAAAAUGUUGACUUACAUAGACGUGCAUUUUAUUUACACACUACCGGUAGUCGCAGUAUUAGCGUUGAUAACAUGGCCGUUUAUAAGUCGAUUAGAACUGUUCAAAAUCGGAUUCGUCUGUACGAUGGCGUUUGUGUACACGACACCGUGGGACAACUAUAUAAUCUUCCACAACGCCUGGAUGUACAAGCCCAAAAACAUUUUAGCUGUCAUAGGAUAUGUGCCCGUCGAAGAGUACAUGUUUUUCGUCAUACAAACCCUUAUGACAUCACUGUGGGCCUUGAUUUUUACCAGGUGGUCUCCGGCUUGUUUCAAUUUCAACUUCAAUAAGACAAGCUACACGCUGAUCCGAUGGAUACCGAUAUUAGUCUUAGCUAUGACGACAAUUCAGGGCUACAACAUAGCUGUACCGGGUAAAGACACGUUCUAUUUGGGCUGCAUCAUGUGGUGGUCGUGCCCCGUCAUAAUGUUCCUAUGGUACGGUGCCGGUAACUACUUUGUUAAAAAGUCAACCUCGUCAGCGAUCGCGGUUAUUGUUCCCACUCUGUACCUCUGUUGGGUCGAUCGCAUAGCGCUCAAAGACGACGUGUGGCACAUCAACGAGAAAACCUCGUUAAACAUAUUCGUCGCCGAUGAUUUACCGUUCGAGGAAUGUCUGUUCUUCCUGAUCACCAACGUGAUAAUCGUCUUGGGCAGCAUGGCUUUCGACAAGUCAUACGGGCUUGCGGACACGUACACGUUCGAAUUUCCACUCCGUUACAGCACAAGUUGGAAAUACCUUAGUCAGCAAAUGCAACAAUUUGUGAGGGCCGAAUGCGACAUGUCGCCGAGUCCAGUCAACGACAUCAGACAGUGUUUAAACGUACUUAAAAGGGCUUCAAAAUCGUUCAACGUGGCCAGUCUCGUUUUUCCAGCAGGAGUCCGUUUGCAUUUGAUCAUACUAUACGCGUUUUGUCGGGUGACGGACGACAUGAUCGACAGCGAGCCGAAGGUUGGCGUCAAGAAGCAGAAACUAAAGCUGAUUGAAACGUUCAUCGACGAACUGUUCGCGGAUAGAAACGCGGACUACGACGUGAAGACGUCGAUGACUCCGCAGAAACUAGAGGUGAACUGGGAACAGUACCGCCUAGAUCUGACCGACGAGGAGAUGUCGUGCUUCCGGGCCAUAUCGCAGAUAUCGUUUUACUUGCCCCGGAAACCGUUCUACGAGCUGCUCGACGGCUACCGGUGGGACGUGGAUGGAAAAACGGUCCAGAACGAGACUGACCUGCUGUUAUACUCGAGUUACGUGGCCGGCAGCGUGGGGACGCUGUGCGUGUACGUGAUGGUAUACAAAAGUGGUACACAGAUCGACGACGAUGAAAGGCACGAUUUCGUUAUCGGAAAAGCGCAACAGAUGGGACAGGUGCUGCAGAUCGUCAACAUCUCCCGGGACAUCGUUACAGACAGCGAGACGCUAGGCCGGUGUUACAUUCCCGCAGAGUACAUGGACGACGCGGUCGCGGACGUAAACACUCUGUGCAGCGAUAGGGACCCCUGGACCCUCGGCUCCGAGAAGCUGAAAUCGUACGCCACGCGCAUGAUCAGGCUGGCCAACCAGUACCAGCUGGAGUCGUUGGAGGGUAUCCGGUACCUGCCGUACGAAGUGCGUGGGCCCGUGCUGGUGGCCACCGACAUCUACCGGGGCGUGGCCUGUGCGGUGGAGGCCAGCCCGACGUACCCGCGGAGGGCGUCGCUAGGCAAAUGGGACAAGAUCCUCGUAAGCAUCAAUUCGCUGUACUUCAAGAGCCUGAAGUACUUUUUCCAAGCCGACCGCUGCAAGCACUGUUGACACGACAUCGACGAACCACUGCGACAAUACUGCACCACCGUCGGCGCCGUGGCCUUCGAAUGCGCGUGCUGCAACCAUGAUGCAUUCCCCCGGUUCGCUGCAACAAAUUAUAUUAUGUUUAAAUGGCGUAACGCUGGCUCAGUCUUACAAGUGCGCAACAAGCAGAUUUGCGAUCAGCAGAUCACGUUUUGCUUCGUUAUAGUUUAAAAAUUAGAGUGAAUCGACCUAUUAUGAAACCUGAUGGUAUAAUAACAUUUUAUCUAUGUUUGUAUAUGUGGAUUUUCUACGAUAGUUCAAUUGUUUAGUAAGUUUCACGUAUAUAAUAUUAAGUAAAUUAAAAAUGAUCAUAACUCACUUAAAAACUGAAUAAUCGUAAAAAAAAACACCACAUACAAACAAACAAAUAAUGUUCUUACCAUCAAAUUUCGUAAAAGGUCGAAUGUCGAUUCAAUCUAAUUUUUAAACGAACGAAGCUAAACAUGAUCUAUUCUGUGUGUAAAUUUGUUAUGUUAUGCACUUGUAAGACAUAGGACAGUAAAUCCUCUCAACAGUACAAAUCCUCUUAACCACCGCGUGAAUAUACGAAAUAUACCUUUUACACUUAGCUAUAUAUUUUUUCUUUUAUUCAAGGACCAUUUCCACUUCUAUUGUGUAUAACCUUACUAUUUUAAACUUCUAUAUAAUUAUUUUGAAUUUUUUAAUAAUUGGGACCAGAUAAUACACUUUUUUAAGACUUUAAUAAUGUAUGGCAGACAUCAAAUAUCAAACCAAUGUAGUGUUUACACAAUAUACUUGUAAUUAACGAAACCGUUUAAAACUUAGAUGAGUGUAUUGUGUGAUAUAACAAUUGGUGGUGCCCUGCAAGUGUUAUGGGGCACUACACUGCUUGUCCAAAUUGUGUAUGCUUAUUUAUUUAUUAAAAAAAAAUAUAUUAGUUUAAUAUUUGUUAUUAUUUGUACGUUGAACGGUUUUUUUUAUGAACAGAUUUUCUCCCGAUUAAAAACCUAAAAAAAUCGCUACAAAAUAAAAUAGUAAAAAUUAGGCAUUUUUUUUUUAUAUAUAAUAUGUUAGUAUAAAAAUGAAUACAGUUUAUUUUCAUAAUCCCAAAAACUAACUUGGAAAGCGAGUGCAUACCGCUGUUUAAAUUAUUAAUUAUAAUUUAUUUAUUCACCCGCUAGUGCGCUAGUGAAUAAAAUAAUAUUAAUGGUAACUUUACUGCAAUGACGGCGAGUAGAUGCAUUAUAUUUUAUACAAAUACACGUACAGACUUAUAGGUACCUCGUAUCUACCUUAUCUACGUUAUAUACGAAUUGUUAUAAGCCAUAAGCGCCGUUACAACUGUACUUAUUAUGCUAUUAUUGAGAAUUGUGCAAUAAAAUAGUACCGGCAAAAUCCAUAAAAAUUAAUAUGAUGUGUUUAAUUUAGGUACACCAUAUUAUUAUACGGUUCAACACGAAUCCAUAAUAAUUUAAUUUCGUCACAAUAAUACAACUUCCGCAUGCGUGUUAUAUAUUUUUAUACUUAUGUUUUUAGAUUAAGUGCCUAUCUGAACACGAGGAAAUACAUUUCCAUCCAUCAGUAUGACAUAAUAUGUACAUUGUAUAUUUUGUACAUACCUACAAUGUGAUUAAUGUUAUUAUUUUUUUUUUACCCCAUAUAAUAGUUAUAAUAUUAUUGUAGCUAACCGUUUUGUUUCUCUCGUGGCCAUUGUAAUAUAUAAUUUAUCA